CCCAGGCUAACGACCGAAUGGGCUCGUGACGUCACCCGCCUUCCCUAGUAACCCGGCUCGGCGUCUCCGCAGGAAAAAACAGCAACAUGGGUUUGUUAUCAAUCCUUCGGAAAUUGAAGAGCGCCCCAGACCAGGAGGUGCGCAUCCUGCUUUUGGGCCUUGACAAUGGAGGAAAGACAACACUACUCAAGCAGCUGGCUUCUGAGGACAUCAGUCACAUCACCCCUACACAGGGCUUCAACAUUAAGAGUGUGCAGUCCCAGGGCUUCAAGCUGAAUGUUUGGGACAUAGGAGGCCAGAGGAAGAUCAGACCAUACUGGAGAAACUACUUUGAAAACACUGACGUGCUCAUAUACGUCAUUGACAGCGCAGAUCGGAAAAGGUUUGAAGAAACAGGGCAGGAGCUGGCCGAGCUGCUGGACGAGGAGAAGCUUAGCGGCGUCCCUGUUCUUAUCUUUGCCAACAAGCAAGACCUGCUCACUGCCGCUCCAGCCUCAGAGAUCGCAGAGGGCCUCAACCUGCACACUAUUCGAGAUCGCAUGUGGCAGAUUCAGUCCUGCUCUGCUCUUACAGGAGAAGGAGUCCAGGACGGCAUGAACUGGGUCUGCAAGAAUGUCACAGCAAAGAAGAAAUAGGUACAUUUUUACGCUUUCCAGGCAUUGUUUGAAAAAGUGAACACUGUGGACUGUGGAUUCUUCACCAGCUGGUCCAGGUUAUAGGGGAAUGAACUCUACUCUGACAGCAGCUGGGGAGGACUAGGACAAGACCUUUAACCCCUGACCCUUGCAAAUGGCCACUGCCACUGCACUGCAAGUCCCUGGCUACAUUCCCCAUGGAUCCACCGUGUCCUGUUAUCAAUUCUACUGUCACUUUACUGUUCCUUUAGCUUAAAACUAACUGACCACUACCCUUAACAUCUACAUAUAACCAAAGUGCUGCAGCUAUCAAACCUAACCUAGGCCCAAAACACUAGUGCUAGCCAAGCAGAGGCCCUGCAGCUGCCUGACAAAUUCAUUUCAAGACUGAGCUUCUUUUCUUUUCCCCCUCUGUAUGCGUUCUCUCUGCAAAGGCUUGUUACUUCAUGUAUUGCAGUUUUAUGAUGUGCGAUCAGCCAUGGAAAAAUGUGUGGUGGUGCGCAUGUGUGUGUGCGUGGUAAGUGUGGAAACUGGGUUUUGUGUCAUUACUUGAUGUGGAGUGUUUCUGGUACAGAGAUUUUUGACUGCAUACUAAUUUGAGGUGUCAGAGGACACAGACACACACUGUAGAGCCUUUUUUCCAUUUCCUGGUUUUUAUACGUUACUUCUUUUAGAUGUUUGAGAAAAAUUUUGAUGUUAGGCCACCUUGUUGUGGUGUUUGUUUUUUUUGUUCCCUGUGUAACUUAUGCUCCAAAAGAGCAUUCAGCUGGCUUGAACUGUAGUGUUAUGAAAGCCUGGAAAUCAAGUGCACAUUCUAAUUUGAUUAGUGGGAGAGCAUCAGGCUAAGACAGUGCAUACCUCUGGAAGCACAGCCACCUCCUCUUCCCUUAGGACAGGACGUGAAUGGAAUUGUUGACAGGUGUGCUGGUAACAGGUUUAGCAGGCUUAAGCAUCUGGUUGUGGCAGCGAAGAGGUGCUUUGUAUGUGUGAGACUGAAUGCUUGCCCCAGGGUGGACUGAUCCAACAAUGACCAAAGGAGAGGAAAGAUCAAGAAAAGGGACUUUUGUGUGAGUGUUUUCAUUUGUGUAUCUCCUAACAUUCCUGGGCAUCCAGUACUUCAGAACAUGGUGGGGUUUUUGCUGUCAGAACAAAAUCUUAUAUCUGCAUUGUGUUUUGUUUAUUUUAUGUUUUCAUAAUUCAUUAUGUUUUCAGCUGCCCUUUAUAUCAUAUGAAUAUUCCAAAAUGAAUGGACCAAUCGAAAUGGUCCAAAAUCACCUGAUGACUUCCAUUAUAAGUUAACAGUGUUUUUUUUUUCCUUCUCUUGUAAGUUUACCUUAAGUAAUAUAAGUUUUUGUUCUUAGAGCAUCAAUAUUCUGUUAUUGUACUAUUUUCAAUUGUUUCUCUUUUUUAAUUUCUGAAUUCUUUUGAAAAACAACCUGAAUUAAAGCCAGUGUAAUCAAAAAUGUUAUGAUAGAUGUGUAAUGCCUAGAAAAAAGUUAUUUACAACUUUAUCUGUUUUUAAAGGAGCUUCUAACAUCAUAUCCAGCAUAAUAAAUGUAUUAGAAAGAGAAGAGAUACUACUAACGUAAUGGACCAACAGCUUACAGCAUGGCUUAAGCACCAGGAUCUUUUGAUGAAACCCAUAAGGUUGAUACUAUAAAAUGCAGAAUUUGGUCACAAAACAAACUGUCUCUUUAAAUAUGAACUUGUUUGAAAGGUUUUUUUGUGCGUGUGUCUUGUUUGGUUUUGUUUUUCCAUGUUCAAGGAUUAAAAUGGCACGGCUGUUGAAACAUU